AUGAACAUGCCUAGCUCUAUAAUCAUCGAACUUCCCGGAGGAAAGAUAUCCGCAGCGUCAAACGGGGAUUUGGUUAGAGCACGCGGACUUCGGUAUGCGUCUGCAUCUCGUUUUCAACGGCCGAAACCAGUCGAAAAGUGGGACGAAAUCGCCGACUGCACCGGGCCUGCACCAAUAUGUCCACAAAUUGUACCGUUUGAGCUAGAUUUUGUCACUGGACCUAUCACAGCCGGGCGUGAGCAGAGCGAAGAUUGUCUACAUGUAUCAGUUACAACAACCGUUGACGCGCUGUCUGAUGGUCGCAAACGUCCGGUAAUGGUAUUUCUACAUGGGGGCGCCUAUGUCUCAGGCGGUGCUGAUCUGGACUGCUACGAACCGUCUGGACUAGUGGAACGUGGGGUGGUCGGUGUGAAUAUUUCUUACCGACUUGGGAUUUUCGGUUUCCAACCCAUCCCGGAUGUCGCCCCCGCAAACCUCGGGCUGAUGGACCAGAUUGAAGCUCUUCGAUGGAUCCAGAGGAACAUUGCAGCCUUUGGUGGAGAUUCGAAUAAUGUCACAGUCUUUGGGCAAUCAGCAGGGGCGGCUUCCAUUCACUUCCUCAUGAUAGCCGACGGAACUGAAGGCUUGUUCCACCGAGCCAUCAUCCAAAGCGCGCCACUGGAGCACUGGACGCCUGAACGAGAGAAGAUGGUCAAAGAUUUGGGUAUUUUGGCCCGCGACGAGGUGCAUCGCGAUUCAAAUACUCAGACUUCAGGAGAUAUGCUGUUGUUACAGCAGCAGUUAUUUCUUGUGGCGGAAUCGUACGGUUCGCCACACGCACCAUUCAAACCGCUCAUGGGAUCCGAACCACUCCCAGACCAAGCGGACGUUGCUCAGAGGAUUUCACAGGUGGCAAAGCGGGUGCCCAUGAUGAUCGGUUACACGAAGGAUGAAGGAGUUCCAUUCGUCAGAAAGAAUGAUACUUUACGUCCGUAUCUUGCUUUGGCCUUCAUUGGGUCGUUCAUUGAAUGGAUAGCGGCAUGGUUCAUUGGAAAGGUUUUCACCUGGUUCCUCGACGGCUUUCACAAAGAAUACCGCCGGGCAGGAGGGACAUCAAUCCUGUAUCGUUUCAACUGGCGCCCCAUUCAAAGCUCAUUGAGAGCACCCCACUGCAUUGAGUUGCCAUUCCUCCUCGGUUCUUGGUCGUCAUGGAAAGCUGCUCCAAUGCUUGGAGGCAUGAGCAAUCAACAUGCAGUAGAGGAGUUAGGAGACAGAAUGAAGGGUAUCUGGAUUGACUUUGCGAGAGGAAACAUGGACAAGGAAGUACGGAGUUUCACCAUCAAAGGAAACCAAGACUACUGGGAGGUUGUUUUUCGGUAA